AUGGGAAAAGAGAAAUCUAAAUCCAAAAAGAAACGUAGAUCUUCUGAUGACAGUUCUGGUAGUACAUCUAGCAGCUCGGAUUCAAGUCAGGAAAAGAAGAAACUUCGGAAGCUUAAAAAGAAAUUAAAGAGAGAAAAAAAGAAAACCGAAAAGGCUUUAAAAAAGAAGUUGAAGGAAGAGAUAAAAAAAUUAAAGAAAACUCGUCGGAGCUCUAGUCGAAGUAUUGAUGGCGGUAAAGAUGAAGUUUCCAGUGAUAUUCCUAUUGAAUUAAUGGAGAAAUCUAAAGCAAUGGCACCAAUGACAAAGGAAGAAUGGGAGAAGAAACAGAGUGUUGUAAGAAGAGUGCUAGAUGAAGAAACUGGACGUUACAGAUUAAUAAAAGGAGAUGGAGAGGUUUUAGAAGAAAUAGUAUCAAGAGAUCGGCAUAAACAGAUAAAUCGGGAAGCUACUACUGCUGAUGGAAAUUUCUUUCAGAAGCAAACAGUUGAUAAACAAUUCUUUAAAUAG